UAUACAAUCCCGUGCCAACUAGCGGUUGCUUCCCUCCCGUGGCCCCGGGUCUGCUAAGUGCUAACGGCAUCCGACUGCAGCGAGAAAUGUCAAAGAGUCGCUUCUUCAAACACCUAUCUUACACUUUCUCAUGGGGUCUCCACCGCCCAUUAUCUCUCUCAACCUUCAAAGCUUGUCAAUAUCAAUCAAAACCCAAUUCUUCCCUCUUCUCAAAGAUGAUUUCUUCUUCCUCUUCUAUUCGUUCUUGCACUUCACUUGCUGCUUCGCACGAUACAUCUGCAACUACGGAUUCCUCUGCUUACCUUUCUGUUCGCAUUCGCUGUCCAAAAGACGUCGCUGAUAUGCUUUCAGAAGCUCUUUUGUGCUUUGGGGCAAGUUCUACCAGUAUAGAUGAACAAGAUGACUGUGAAAGCUCUCACGAGAUUCACAUUGAUUCUGUAUUUCCUCAAUUUCAAGAUGUGGAUGUGUCCCUGUCACAAGCUGCUGAUUCCAUAGGCUUGAAAGAGAUACCUGCUUACGAGGUUAAGAUGGGGAAGCAAUGUGACUGGAUUAGAAAGACUCAGGAAUCAUUUCAUCCUGUGGAAGUUACUGAAGGACUUUGGAUUGUGCCUGACUGGAGAGCCCCCCCAGAUGUUAGAGCAACAAAUAUAAUUCUGGAUCCUGGAUUAGCAUUUGGAACUGGCGAGCACCCUACCACUAAGUUGUGUCUACUGCUGCUACGGGGUUUGAUAAAAGGAGGAGAACUUUUCUUGGACUAUGGUACAGGUUCUGGAAUUCUUGCAAUUGCAGCACUUAAGUUUGGUGCUUCUUUGUCAGUUGGACUUGAUGUAGAUCCCCAAGCAAUCACAUCUGCAAGUCAUAAUGCUGCUCUGAACAAUAUAGAGCCUGAGACAAUGGAACUACGCUUAGUUUCCAAGAAAACCUGCUCGCCCUUGAUGGAUGAGGGGACAAAUGAGGUUGUCAAAGAGCAAAGAACUGAUGGAAUGGUACCUGUAUCUGAAACAGAGAAAUAUGAUGUGGUCAUUGCUAAUAUACUUUUGAAUCCUCUCUUGGAAUUAGCAGAUCAAAUUGUUUCUUAUGCUAAACCUGGGGCAGUUGUUGGCUUGUCUGGUAUUCUAUCUGAGCAGCUUCCAUACAUCAUGGAUCGAUAUUCAGUGCUCUUGGAGGACAUAUCCGUGUCAGAGAUGGAUGGCUGGGCAUGUGCAAGUGGAAAAAAGAAAAGUAGUCUAUAGCAGAUGCAGAUGAAGGAGGCAAUCAGUACUGUAGGAACUAUUCACUUAAGAAUUUGUUAUUGGACUAUUAGCAGAAGCACCAAAUGCCCAAAUAAGAACUUUCGUCACGUCAGGCGACAGUGUUCAAUUUCCAAUCUUAUUUUUGCCUAACCGGAUCUGAAAGCCAAGAGUUCACUCCUCCAACAUGGAUUGUGGAACAUCGUGAAAAGAUACCCUUUUUUUUUUUCCAGACUGAAAAAGAAAUUGAAUUUUUGUCCAAGUGAUAUUUCUGACCCUUGAUUUGAUCUAUUUUUCUUUUGUAAAAAUACCAUGAAUUGGUGUAAUUAUUAAGUUUAAAUUUGCUCAUGUUGACUU